CGGGUCAGAGACGGUGCUUCUUUACUCUGCUUAUUGCGCAGCUAACUUGCUGCUCCAAUAGUCCUUCUAGGCCAUAUUAGGCAUCCAAGAUGCUCGGUACUCGCAUGGCCAUGUACGGUCUCACGGUCCACCGCUAAGCUCUUUUUUGAAUGUCAUUACUUCGUUACGAUUAUUGGGACAGAUGGCGCAGAGCUGCCACUGCUAGUGGUGUAAUCGACAAAGUUCGCUCCUGUGCCCCUCGCGAAUGCCCCAGAUUGUGUGGGGAUAUUCUGCGAUUCUGUUGCGUUCUAGGAUCCUUGUCCAAUUUCGUUAAGUCGGCUAGGCUCUGGCGAAAGCCGCCAAAAAGCAGAGCCAAAAAGGCGCAGCUACCAGAGCAUCGGCAAGCCUUGACGCUUUCCGCGUCCCGAUAUCAAAGCUCUCUACUUGACCGUCUCUCUGCGAAUCACAUCCUAGGUCUCAGGAAUCAGCGGCCAACACAUGCCUGGGCUUGUUGAAGAAGAAAGGGGUAAGAUGCCAGGAAGGCUGCGAGAGCCCAGGCGCCUCGUUUCCCUGCGGCUUCUUACGCGGCAGCACGCCAGGGCAGGGUAAAAAAGAACCUUCUCAAAGAGAAUUUGGCACGAGCAUGGACUCUUUGCCCUGGAUGU